UGUUCGUAUUCCUUCCCACCCGACGAACAUCUUCCUUCCCGACUGAAAAAAAAAAAAAAAAAUUCACGCAGCUAUUCCGAGUCCAAGAACAAGAUCUCCCUGUCCUCGCCUUUCUGAUAGGUCGCAAUAUGUCGCAGGUUGAUAGCAGGAAUUCAUCUGCAGCCAAACGUGCUAGAACUGAUGGUAGCCGAAGGGAAGAUGAUUGGACUUGCCCUAGUUGUGGAAAUGUCAAUUUUUCGUUUAGAACAACUUGCAAUAUGCGCAAUUGCACUCAGCCACGUCCUGCUGAUCAUAACUCUAAAUCUGCUGCCAAGCCCGUUCAAGCACUUCAGGGUUACUCUUAUUCUGCCCCUUACAUGGGUUCAGGUGUACCCUCUUCAAUGUAUCCUGGUGUACCACCAUAUGGUUCUUCCAUAUUCAACGGUUCAUCUAUACCUCCCUAUGAUGUGCCAUUUUCUGGGGGAUCAGCAUAUCAUUACAACUACGGCAGCCGGUUUUCUGCAGGCAGUCCCUAUAGACCCUUGCACCUAUCUGGGCCUCCACCUUAUUCAAGUGGAUCUAUGAUGGGAAAUAGUGCAGUGUAUGGUAUGCCACCCAUAAUGGAUCGCUAUGGCAUGGCUUUGCCAAUGGGCCCUGGCACCAUGGGUCCAAGGCCAGGUUUUUUUCCAGAUGAUAUGUCUCAGAAGAAGGGUGCAGAUGCUACUCGCGACAAUGAUUGGGCAUGCCCGAAAUGUGGAAAUAUCAACUUCUCAUUCAGAACUGUCUGUAACAUGAGAAAGUGCAAUACUCCAAAGCCCGGGUCACAGGGUUCCAAAAAUGACAAAACUACUAAGCAAAAGACGCCAGAGGGUAGCUGGAAGUGCGAGAAAUGUAACAACAUAAAUUAUCCAUUCCGAAACAAGUGCAAUAGACAAAAUUGCGGAGCAGACAAGCCAGCGGGUUCAGAGAAAUCUUCAUCACCUGCACAGGAAGAAAAUGAUCAGGUCUGUUGUGUGAGUUUCUGUAUCUCUGUGUGUUGUUUGCAAUUGAUUGUGCUUUUUUUCAGAUAUGUAUGCAUUAUGAAGUGGAUUCCACACAAUUUAAUUAACAAGAUAAUUUAUGAACCACUUGAAAAGGGAUACCCUUUUGGUAAAUUCUCGGUGGCAGGGUGAGUUCUAGAACAUGUUUGAGGGUUGAGAAGGUCCAGAGUUAUCUUCCAGCGUUGCUCAAUAUGGGUGUCUGAAAGUCAGUCUUGUCGUCCUCAUGUUGCAGCAGUUGUCAAGUCAGUCUACCUCUCUUGAUCCGUGUCAAGUUGUAUUAACUCAAUUUUAGUGCUGGUCGUUUCACUCAUUUAAUGCACCAUAUCAUGAUCUGGCAAAAGAUUUAAUGGUUGGUUUCGACAUUUAACUUUGGUAUUCACUUAUUCAGUCUAGGCGGCCUGUGAAUUUGUGCACUUAAAAUAUGUUGCGAGUAGACUAAACUGCUCCCUUUUGGGUUGCGGUUUGAUCUCUUAAUUAUUUUUGUGCUGUUGGGUGUGCCAAACUGAUCCUUCCUUUCUUAGGAUGGUCCCAAAGUUCACAGUAUGCAUUGGAUUAGAUAGCU